AUGUAUUUAUCAAAUCAUAAUACAUUGAAAUGUUUAACUUCGAUUCAAUCAAAACUCGGAAAAUUAAUCACUCGAACCUUAUUUAAUCCUUUUCAAGCGAAACCGAUUGUAGCAGCGAAAGAUGCUCACUCGAAUUUAUUAACAGACAGCGAGCAUGUUUUUGAAGUUCAACAUCAUACUGUAAAGCCAAAAUCAAUGAAUGAAUAUGAAUUAGUUUUCAAUGACUACACAUCAGAAUUACUGAAAAAACAUGGCUCAACUGGUCUCGUUCAUACUGGAUCAUGGAGAGUACAUAUAGGCAAUGUACGAAAUCAAUAUGUACAUAUAUGGAUGUAUAAAAAUUUUUCUCAUCUGGAUGAAUUUGUUGAUUAUUCAAAACAAAGUUUAACUUCAAAUAAAUUAAAUGAACAUAUUAUUCAACAUUCAAAUCAAAUUUGUCUUUCAUUUUCUUAUUUCGGAAUUCCUCAACCAAAAUCAAAAUCCGAUGAUCAAUCCAAUCCAAAUAUCUAUGAAAUGCGUUCAUAUUGGCUUAAACCAGGUACAUUAAUUGAAUGGGGUAAUCUAUGGCAUAAAGGUGUUCAAUAUCGACCUGAUGCUAAAGUUCUUGGUGUUUUUUCACAAAUCGGUGAACUCUAUAAUGUUCAUCAUAUGUGGUCGUAUAAAAAUUUUCAACAUAGGAAACAAAUGCGUACUAAUGCAUGGGCUAAACCCGGUUGGUCUGAAAAUGUCGAAUAUACGGUUCCAUUAAUUCGUAAAAUGGAAUCAAAAAUACUUGUACCCUUACAAAAUUCACCAAUGCAAUGA